AUGGUGGAGGCAGCAGUGGAAAUUAAAAGGCCAGCUGACCUCUACAAAAUGGGCUGCCAGUUAGGAGCCAUGAGGCUCAUCAGAGAUGGACGAUCUCUAAAUUCAUUGAAAUCCUUGUUUGCAGCUAAGGACCUCUCACAGAUGACCUCACUAGAGAUUUGUGUGGACACUCGGGAAAACACGAUGGGUAAUAUUGGUGCCAACUUGCCCAAGCUGGUGCAGCUCAAAAUGAACAACAGCAUGAUCCUGUCGGUAAGAGACCUGGGAACCUCCCUCUCUCACCUGCAGGUGCUGUGGAUGUCUGGCUGCUGCUUGCAAGACCUAGAUGGGAUCCCCUCUUUCUCCUCUCUCAAGGAGCUGUAUGUGGCCUAUAACAGUGUGUCCGACCUGAGUCAGGUCAGUAUGCUGGAAAAUCUUCAGCUGUUGGAUCUAGAAGGAAAUAAUGUGGAUGACCUGGUCCAGGUUCAGUACCUGGGUCUUUGUGCCCAGCUUCACACCCUCACCAUGGAGGGAAACCCAGUGUGUGUGCGCCCACAUCCCACUGCAACUCAGAUGGAGGAGUACAACUAUCGUGUGGCAGUGAGGGAGCUGAUCCCUCAUCUGCGUUACCUAGAUGAUGUGAAGGUGGAGGAGGAAGGGCAUUGCUCCAGCAGCAUUAUGGGAGAAGACUGGUCCGAGCUCCAAGACCUCAUCAGAGACAGGAACUUCACUAAGGCUGCUGCUGAAGAUGAGACAGCGUGUGCCUGCAACAGACUCGGCUCUCCCACAAACCCCAGUUUCAGUCCCUCCUAUGUCCAGCCCUUCUCAUCAGUGGGCUCAAGGCCCCUCACUGCGUCCAGACUCAUGUCAGUAAUAGGGCAUAGAGCACUCCUCUCUUCUGAAUCCAGACCCUGCUCUGCAAAGUCAGACCAAGAUGACGCCAGCGUGCUUACACAUGGAGCUGGUAAGACCCUCUUCUACGGCAACCCUGUCCAGGCUCUUCGAGUGAGGAGAGAGAAGCUACGGACUGCACCCACUGCAUCUUUGUCCACAACUCGUGACCUGCCCAUCUUCAUACCGGAACACACAUAUGACAACGAGGAGCCUGAUGUUGGAGAGCGUGGUGAUGUGUUUGCACAACUUAGGGCCUGGAGCAAACAGCACGCUAAACGUCUCCAACUCAUAGAGAAGGAAACGUCACCUGAGAUACUGACCAUUGAGCACAGUGAUGAUGAAGAGGAAAGUGAGGACGAAGGGGAAGGCCUCGGUGUUACAAAGAGUGUUGGGAGUGAUGAAGAGUAUGAUAGGGAAGUAGGAGAGGGGAAAAGAGGCGAAGGGGCUGAUGCGAUCUCGCCAGACUCCUCUUUCCAGUCUCUUUCUCCAGACCUGUCAUAUGGAGAGGCUUUCUCCCCUGAUGUGACUCGACUGUCCCUGUCCCCAGACACCACCCUUUCUCCUUCUCCUCCUCUGAGUGACACAACAGCUCGUGGUAACUGGAAGCCAUCAGGGAUCCAUAAACGUAGACUUAGACUCAACCCUGCCAGUGGAACAGCCUUAUCUCUUACUAGCUCUGCAGUGCAGCUUCCAGAGGCAGAGAGAAGAGUCAGCAACAGGGUCCAGGAGGUGGUGAAACCCAAAGUCCCUCAGUGGCCCCUAACCACACACAUACCUCAUAGGCCAACUUCUAGUCCCUUUGACGGAAGGCUCAGGGAUCAAUGCGCAGGGACGGCGUUACGCAGUGUGCAAUUGGUCAACCAACAUGAAACCUUGAGACCUCUGGAAAGACCUGCGAUUCUGCGUCCUCUCACAGCAAGGGCGGCUCUGCAGAAACAUCGCCAGCAAAACGCACUAGAACCCAGCAGAGGGCGCUCACACCUAGACUGAGACCGGAACAGAACGGCCCAAGUGAUGUGGUGCAGGGUGGCAAGAGAGAGUGACAAUCCUCUACCUGUUACUCCAUCUGCACUGCUUUGCUCCAACUCUGCAUUGACUGAGGUCUGAUGGGAUUCC